AUGUGCAUUCCGGAGAAAUAUUCAAAGGAAUGCGUGAAAAUGAUGGAAGAGUCGGCAAGCAAAGGUUUUCCAAUAUCAUGCAUUGCCGGACGUGAUCGAUAUGAUUGUAUCGAGAGAGUUGGUAGGAAGGAAGCAGAUAUUGUCGCUGUAGAUCCAGAGGACAUGUAUCUCGCAGCGAAAAAUAAAUUAGCUGAAAAGGCUGGAUACAAUAUCAUCGAACAGGUGAGAACGAAGGAAGAACCCGAUGCGAUAUAUCGUUACGAGGCGGUAGCCGUGAUACACAAGGACCUGGACAUUAACAACGUUCAGGGCUUGAAAGGUCUUAAGUCCUGCCACACUGGUGUGGGCCGUAAUGUCGGUUACAAAAUUCCCAUCACGAAGCUCACCGCGAUGGGCGUGUUGACUGACAUCAACAACCCGGAAUAUUCCGCUCGCGAGAAUGAACUUCGCGCUCUAAGCACACUCUUCGACAAAGGUUGCUUGGUGGGCACAUGGUCACCCGAUCCUGCCAUCAAUCAGAGACUCAAGGAGACGUACAACAAUAUGUGUGCUCUAUGCGAGAAACCAAACGUGUGCGAUUACCCGGAUAUAUACUCCGGAUACGAAGGAGCUCUACGUUGUCUGGCUCAUAACGGCGGCGACGUUGCCUGGACGAAAGUCAUCUAUGUGAAGCGUUUCUUCGGUCUCCCCGUCGGAGUUACUCCGGCAGUGCCGACAUCCGAAAAUCCGGCUGAUUUCCGGUACUUCUGCCCAGACGGCAGCAAAGUACCUAUCGACACAGAUACGAAACCAUGCACGUGGGCUGCUCGACCGUGGCAAGGAUACAUGACCAAUGGUGCUGAUGCCAACAACGCGGAAGCAAUUCAAAGAGAAUUGACACAGCUAGGUCAACUUGGCGAAAAUGAGAAGGCAAAUUGGUGGGAGGAUCUCCUGCUUCUCAACGAAAAAACUCUAGCUGUCGCCGCUCCGCCAGUAUCACCGGAAGAGCAUUUGCAAAGCGCAAAAUACAUGGACGUGAUCGAAAGAAAUUCCGGAGCACCGGAGAGGGACGCUCGCUGGUGUGUUUGGGACAAAAAUGCGCUGAACAAAUGUCGCAGCCUCGCUAGAGCCGCUUUCUCCAGAGACGCCAGACCCAGAUUUGAUUGCAUACUAGAAAAAGACGAGACUGCUUGCUUGAAAGCUGUUAGAGAUAAUGGAGCGGAUAUCACAGUAAUCGACGGCGGAUCAGUAAAACGCGCAAUUAAUGAAUACAACGCGAAACCAAUCGUUGCUGAGACAUAUGGUCAGGGAUCUACGAAAUUCAGCGAACGACCAGCACUUGCUGUUAUCAAGAGCGGCUCCUCCAUAAAUGGAUUGGGCGAUUUUAAAAACAAGCUAUCUUGUCACAGCGGUUACGUGGGUGAUUUUGCUGGUUACUACGCACCAGCUUUUACACUCAAACUUAACAGCCUUAUUAAAGAACCUAGCGAAAUUGAUACCUUCUUCUCUAAAUCCUGUGCACCUGGUGCACCUCUCGAUUCAAAAUCCUGUCAACUGUGUGUUGGUAUCAAUACUGGUGACGAUCAAACGAAGGAAGCAACGAAAUGCAAACCUACAAAUGCUGAAUAUUAUAACGGCGGGAAAGGAGCACUCAGAUGUUUGAAGGAUGGCAAGGGUGACGUUGCGUUUCUACCUUUAACGGCUUUGCAGCAACUCGAUAACGAAAAGGAUGCCGCUGGAAAACUCGAAGAUUACGUCUUAGUUUGUCCAAAUGGCGGUCAAGCACCAAUCAACGAAUGGGAACGUUGUAAUUUAGGUUUGGAGCCACCAAGAAUAAUUGUUAGCUCUGCCGGGAAAAGCCCGAACGCCCUCGAAGAAUUAAAACAUGGCAUUUUGGCUGCGAGUACAUUGUACUCUAAAAAUCCGGAUCUGUUACACCUCUUUGGUGCCUGGGGUGACAAGCCCAACGUAUUAUUCAAGGAUGACGUGAAGGAAUUAAUAUCCAUUGAUAGCACAUGGGACAAAUGGAAUUCUUGGGCAGAUAUUCAACGGGACUACGGCUCUCAUUAAAACUUGACGAUUAAGAAUUGAACACUACUUGAUAGCUUUUCAUUUUAGUAUAUGUGAUAUUGCUACUGUGUUGCUAUUGCUGCAAAAUCAUUAUUAAAUCAUAUAUCAAUAACUCGAGAGGACUGUUAAAUAAAUAAAAUACUGUCGAUAACCUCGCUUAUGUUUAUGCACUGAUAAGUAGCAUAUUACCCUGAUAGGGAUUACUCAUUUCAGUGUCACGAUCAAUUUUUUAAGGAGUAAUGCUGAGAGUGGAGACUUGAAUCAAAUGCUUGCUUCUUUAAAUUUUUAAUAAUAAAAAUAUAUAUUUUCCGAGCAUAUACAUUAUA